AUGAAAAAUAGCAGUUAAUAAUCACCAACAACAAAUACUUCCCUGAAUAAUCAAUUAAUGGCCUAACUCAAUCCAGGUUCAUUGACUAAUCUUGCUAAAACUCGUAUUAUAGACCCAACUAUGGCUGAUAAAAUACUCUCCCAGUCUCAGAUUCUUAGAACUCGCAGGACGAAUAACUAAUAAGAUGACAACUUAAGUCAAAGUAGUAAUUUGAGUAAAAUAAGUAAUUCUAAAUUUCUUCAAGAUCAUAUGGAAAUUGAGGAUAUGAGGAAGAGCCCAACUGAAAAUCAAGAUUCUAAGCUGAAUAAUGAAUCUUUGAAGGAGUCACAAAUACUUUCAUUUAGUUAAAAAUCGAACAUAAAAUUGUCUUAGUUUCAUAAGGCGUAAACUCUUAAUUCCUCAAAUCAAAAUAAUUAGCAUUAAGAAUAAUAGUCUAUGCACUCAUUUUAGAAGAAGGUGAAUUUUUCCGCAAAAAAUCACUAAUCUGAAGUUAAUGAUAAAUAGAACCUAAAUGGGAAUAAUUUAUAUGUUUCCAAUCCGAAUUAUGAAAUGUAAUAGGACUUUUUUCAUCAGAAAACCUCCUCUCCGAAUGAUAAAGACUAUGAUAGAUACAAGCUUUUGAUGCCACUCUAACCUCAGAUUGCUAUUUCACCUUUUAACAAUAUCUAACCUGGAUAGACCUUUAGCAACAACAAUUAAUCAUAAAAUUCAUCUCUAAUGUAUUAAACGAAUAGAAAACAGACUCACUUUAAUGAUGAGAUAGACUAUAACAUUAACUGCACACCUGACUUCAAAAAUAUUCAGGAAGAGUUAUUUUAGUAAUUUUGGGACUAGAAUUUUUAGUAGUUUCAGUAAAGUGAUACUUCACAGUUAAAUAUAUCUAAAGACCAAGCAAGUUAAAUCUUCAAAGUCAUAUCAUAAAACCUGGAUAAGUUCAAUGAGAUUAUAAAGUAAACUAACCAUAAAUCAUAGGCUUCUAAAUCAACAUAGCAGUCAUCCCAAUUAAAUAGCUCAUAGAUUACAAACCAAAUUAAAGUUGAAAGCUUAGAUAAUCAUAAAAGAUAGAUAAAUAAUUAGUCCCAAUCUGCAACAUAAACUGGAAUGCCUAAUUAUAAGGAAGCCUGCACUUAAACUAUACAUUCAAUUUUUGAUAAGAGCUCAAAUACUUAGCAGAGUCGAUUAGGAAUAGCAUAAAGUGGAAAUACAUAGAAAAAUGAUUAAUCACAAAUAAGUAUUUUGCAAGAUGAAUCAAAGCUAGUUAAGGCUCUGGACAAUUUUCACAUAAAUUCUUAGAAUAGUACAACUUAAAAUAAUAUCAGUGAAAUUAGAAGAACAAAGAGAAGGAGAGAUGAAUUUGAAAAAUAAUUGGAGCAGAGUUCAGCAAAUAAGUAAUAACAAUCGGCAAAUUAAUCAAAUCGCAAUUUUAAUGACUAUAUUUAGAUGCAUUAGUCAACAGGAAAGAAAAGAAAAUUGAAUCAAACUAAUCAGAGCAGAAACAAUACUAGUUAUGAUAUUUAAAAUAACCAGAAUGCAUGA